UAAUUGGCUGUAACUAAAUUGAAAGGUGUAAUUUCGUUUCAUUCUCUUUUCAAUGGGUGAAAAAGUCUCUGACAUAUAUUCGCAACAAUAGCCGAUCGCAGAAUUGUUAUGCAAUGAAUCAGACCGAGAAUUAGGGCCAACUUUUUCAUCAUUGGGUUUUCAGUCGUUUUUUCCUUAUUCUUCUUCUCCUUCUUCUUAAAACAUUCAAUUUCGAGCACCUGACGACACACAUUGCCCGAUGCGGAGGUUGAAUGUGGAUCAGGGCAUCGGUAUAUGCUUUAUCCAUGCUUAUUUCCUCCCCGAAGAAUGCUCCAGGCACUUGUUAGCCUGAAGUGAACUGCUAAAACGAGGUGGGGAACUGGUUGACCGUAGGAACUUGCUUGAGGAAUACACAUCUUCAAGUUCUUAGUUCACUGCAACUAUCGCCACAUGAUCUGAGCAGAAAUGGAUAUGCGACAUUAGUUUCGAACAUGAUUUGUGACGGCGUUAAAUUAAAUUGUAAUAAAUAUCACGUCGAUGACAAUGGGAUAGUGCAAGUUUUUUCGGUUAUACGAAUUCUAUGUAAUUAAUCUACAAUUGUGACAAUCAAUGAAACCGUUCUUAAUUGUAGUACCAAACCACGAGUAAAAAAAUUGCUAAACAGUGGACUGUUGUUUCGUAUUGAAUUCAAAACAAGUGUUGAAAAUGUUCCGAAUUUUGAGGAUAAUUUUUAUAAUGCUCGGCCCGAUAUUACAAAAGGAAAUUAUGAUUCGUGCGCAAUUUUCGAGCACCGAAUCCAGUGCCGAGUAUCUUUUUAAUGUGAUGAAUCAGCUACAGGAACACAAUAGACCAUCGCCUGUAAGCGCGGAUAGAACAACUGGUCCUGGAAAUGAUUUCAAUUACUUUAAUAACGAUGGGCUGCAAUCGAACUCUAACAAUCAGCAAUUUCCAAAGGAGAUUCUGCAAACGGAGAAACCGGCCGUUUAUGACUAUCAUCGAUACACCCGUGAUCAGAAAAAAAAAGUUCUACCCGAUCUUUCAGUCAUAAUGAACGAUGAUCAACAAUUUGCUGAAUCUGUUACACCUUAUUACCAGGUUCCGGCUCCUCAAACAAUUUUGAAACCCGUUCAAAUUGUCAAAGAACCCGCCCCGCUUGGCUUGACACGCAAAGAUCUCGCAAUACUCUACAGUAAGGCAUUACAGCAGGGUUCUCCACUGAGUUUAUCAUUGGUAAAAAAUUCAUUUCCUCAUGGGCAGGUGCCUCAGAUUAUUGGAAAUCAACUUAGGCUAAAUUCUGGCCCACCUGGAUAUUACUACUAUUUUUAUCCACUGAAAAGUUUUAUGAAUGAGCUACAAGUCAAUCAUGCGUACAAUACAAUUCAACACAAUAUUAAACCGCAACAUGCAGACUUAACUGCAGCAUCGUCGGAAAAACAAGUCGCAAAUCCACUGUUCAUGGCCAUCAGUGGAUUCAUAGGAAUGGCGUUGAUAUUCAUGGCAUCUGUGCUGUUUUUACCAAAAAUCGAAAAUUUCGCCUCAAGGAAUUCUUCGAAUGAAUAUUUUCAACUUAGUAAAGUUGCUUGGGAUGCGAUCGAAGGUCGCGAUUGUUCGGAACGAUUCGCUUGCGAAUUGAACAAACUUGUGGUAAACUAUAAGUUCUCCAAAAGAACUCGAAGGUUCUUAGAAAAUGUAGUACCAAACAACCUCAGAAGACAAAUGAUCAGACUCCGAAAAUCUACGAAAAACCGCCCAGAGUGUAGAUUAAUAACGUGUAAGUGUGAUUAACCUCAGUUUCUCUAGCCAAAAACUUCAUC